CAUUUAUUGAAAGAAGAUCUUAAACCUCAUUUAUAAAAUACCCCUACGUUUCUAAACUUCUUUUCAUUUUUUUCAUUUUUUUAUUAAACUAUCAUUCUAUAUUAUACUGAACACAUGUAUUUUUAUGACAAUGAUAAAAGCAAUGAAUUAAACACUGAUCAACAGUUAUUUAAUGAGCUAAAUAUAAAUAAUGAUUCUUUAUUUAAUCUGGAUACGGAUUCAAGUUAUAAUAAUCUACCAAUUUAUAAUCAGUCAAUAGAUAGAGCUUCUUCUUCUACAACUACUAACCUUUUUAAUGACACUAUGGAUUUUAAUGAUAAUAAUAACAUGUAUUCCAAAGAUCAAGCUACUUCUAUUUUAUUAUCGGAUCCUAAUUAUCUUCGACAACAUGAAUUACUUCAAAGAGCUAAUGAUAAAGAACAACAUGCUAAUGACCAACCACGAUCCAAUUUAACUGCUAUGCUUGAUAAUAAUAAAAUAAAGCCAAUACAACUAGUCAGUAGUCAGCAACAAAAGAAGAAUAUCAUCCAUCAAAAUAAAAGAGGGACUUUUUUAUCUAAUAAUAAUAAUAAUGCAACUGUAGAGCCCAUACCCAUUUCUGCAACAAAUAACAAUAACGACAUUCUAUUUUCAUCUUCUUCUGGUGACUAUCCAUUCUUUUUCAAUGAAACGCAAGCAAAUAAUUAUAGUUUAAACAAUCAUGACUCUCCAAUACAGCAACAUAAUACGUUAGGAACAUCAAUGCCUAUUCAUUUUAAUCAACCAUCAUAUACACAUAAUUUAUCAAACUCAUUUGCAAAUAGAAAUAGAAGGCUCUCUUCUUCUUUACUAGAUUCACCAAGCAAUAAUCAUAUUUCUUCAUCAUUGCCUUCUCGUACUAUGCCUAUACAAAUUCAACGUUUACAUCAUUCCAAGAUCCAAAAUACCAACACAAACAAUGACCUGGAACAGAGACAAAGACGAUUAGAUGAUGAGCUUUUGAAGGUUGACUUUGAAGAUAUUACAGUAACUGAAUUAAAGGAAUUAUUAAGACAAAGAGGCAAACCUGCUACUGGUAAAAAGGCAGUGCUGAUACAAAGACUACAGGAAGAACGUGAUAUGAUUCAAUAUGCCAGAACUCAUGGUAUACCUAUUUUAAAUCGGAGUCACGCUACUACGAUAGAAGAGCAUAUGAGUAAUUCAUUACCUGAAAGCCAUAGUCUUGGAUCUUUAAAUCGAUCUAUCGCUAGUAUGCAUAUUGGUUCUCCACCACGAAGACGUUAUGCGCCGUAUAAAAGUUUUUCAUCUCCACGUUAUAAUCAACAAGCGGCUUCAAUGCCGGCUACAGAAAGUUUAGAUAUGAUGAUGAAAAUGAUGAUGGAGCAACAGCAGCAGCAGCAGCAGCAGCAGCACACAAACAAUCCUUCUUCUUCUUCAUCAUCUAAUAAUCCCAUUUUUGACCAGCAAGAAGAUAAUACUAAUAACGAAUUAUUAUUAAAUGACAUAGAAUGGAUCGAUCCUUCUUUAAGAGAGUUUUUAUUACAACAAGGCUUUAAUAAUAAUAAUAACAAUGAUUUUCUAUUUCUUCCAGAAAAGUCUUUAUCAAAUGAUAAUUUGUUUAUGAAUUUUGAAGAAAAUAAUCAUUAUUAAUAUGUAAAUGUAAUAUAUAUUUC